AUGAUGAUGAUGUUCUCGAGAUGCUUCGUUUCUCAAUUUCACGCCCUCGUAUGGCUGGUAGUGCUGCACGCUGUUCAUCAUGUUGGUGGAGCCAUUUUAGAGUCACAAGCACCCCACCGAGGAGUUAAAGCUUAUCGGCCGCUGCAAGAUAAUAAUCUGGAGGAUGUGUCUGCUUCCUCAGUUGCUGCACUGCGCUACGAUCCAGAUCUGAGAGAUGUGAACAUAGUUGCGACUUACAGUGACCAUCACGGCAAUAUACGGCUUGGUAGGGUGAAAAUGGGGGAUCUUUCAUCUUCUUGGGUUUUGGAGAAUCCUUCCAAUCAAGUUAGCCGCAAGAAAAAAGGUUCGCAGCUAGUGUAUCCGCGGGAAAAUGAUACUAGAAUGGAAGAGAGUGCAAGUCUUUCUACAACUGAGCAGUCCGGUGAAAGCGAGAAUGAGUUUCCACACGUGGAACUUACGAGCCCUGCGAAACUGAAGCGUCAGAGUUUACGUCGGGAAAGGAGAGGUCAACGAACUCUGGAGCUUAUCCAACAAGAUAAGGGAACUGAUGAGCAGAUGCAAGAAACAGCCAUUGAGAACGCGCUUGAGCAAGCAAAAGCCAUGGGCCAUGCUCUCUCUCUUGCAAAAGAUGAGUUAUAUGACUGCCAUGAACUUGCAAAGAAGUUCCGGGCCAUGCUUCAGUCCACUGAACGCAAUGUUGAUGGACUGAAGAAAAAGGGCAGCUUCUUAAUUCAGCUGGCCGCCAAAACAUUUCCCCAGCCACUGCAUUGCCUGAGUCUGCAGCUAGCGGCAGACUAUUUUCUUCGGGGUUUCAAUGAAGAGGAUGCAGCCAAAAAGGAUGGCAGUCGAAUAAAGCUUGAAGAUCCUUCUCUCUAUCACUAUGCGAUAUUUUCGGAUAACGUUCUGGCUACAUCAGUGGUGGUCAACUCCACUGUGUUGAAUGCAAAGGAACCGCAGAAGCAUGUGUUCCACAUAGUAACGGACAAACUGAAUUUUGCUGCAAUGAAGAUGUGGUUUCGCGUGAGUGCUCCUGCUGAUGCGACAAUUCAAGUAGAGAACAUCAAUGAUUUCAAGUGGCUGAACUCCUCCUACUGCUCGGUUCUACGGCAGCUUGAAUCCGCAAGGCUGAAAGAAUACUAUUUCAAAGCAAAUCAUCCGUCGUCAAUCUCUGCAGGAGCGGACAAUCUCAAGUACCGAAACCCAAAGUAUUUAUCGAUGCUGAAUCACCUGAGGUUCUACCUGCCUGAGGUAUAUCCGAAGCUGGAGAAGAUCCUGUUUCUUGACGAUGACAUUGUGGUGCAAAAGGACCUGGCACCCCUGUGGGAAGUGGACAUGCAAGGAAAAGUGAACGGUGCGGUGGAGACGUGCAAGGAGAGCUUCCACAGAUUUGACAAGUACCUCAACUUCUCAAAUCCAAAGAUAUCAGAGAACUUCGACGCGGGGGCUUGCGGGUGGGCGUUUGGGAUGAAUAUGUUUGACCUGAGAGAGUGGAGGAAGAGGAAUAUCACAGGGAUAUAUCAUUACUGGCAAGACAUGAAUGAGGACAGAACGCUGUGGAAGCUGGGUUCGUUGCCACCGGGGCUCAUCACAUUCUACAACCUGACAUACGCAAUGGAGCGGAGCUGGCACGUGCUGGGGCUAGGCUAUGACCCAGCGCUCAACCAGACAGCUAUAGAGAAUGCAGCGGUUGUGCAUUACAAUGGGAACUACAAGCCAUGGCUGGGUUUGGCAUUCGCCAAGUACAAACCCUACUGGUCCAAGUACGUCGCGUACGAUAACCCCUACCUCCGUCUCUGCAACAUCAAUGAAUGA